AUGUCCGAUGAGGAUGCCGGAUACUUGAUCAAGUGAGUCACGAAAAGCAUUGGAAUUUGUUCGGUAAAUCUGAAACUGGCUUGACCUCUAAGAAUUUCUCAGCCGAAAUGAUGUGAUAUGGAUUUAGCCUUGUGCCAGAUCGGAUGAAUUACUUGGAUAAUAACUGACACGAGGUAUUUCAAUUUAGUAAUUGCGCAUGACCGUUUAGGACCAUAUCCAAGUGUAUUUUCUCCACCAUUGCUCAACAGAAUAACUUAAUUUUAAAAUUAAACUUUUACCUGGCUUUUAUCCAUUUAACUUGAAGGGACGAAAACACUUCAACAAACCUUAUAUCUACUUCUCCAUGUAUACUAGCAAUACUUAAAAAUUUUUAACAGUCACAACGUUCUUUUUGGAGGAAUUUAGCUGGUGUUAAAUCGGAAAGUGUUGUGGGGUCUUUUAACAAUUGUGGUCAUUUGAAGUUCCCUUUGAACUUGCUCGAUGGGAACACGCGUCUAAAACUGACGACUAUACUAGAAUGGCGAGUGUGUUUGGGUGAAAAAAAUGAUUGCAUGUCUUUCCCGAUGCAUUUUUUUAUAAGCUAUCAUUCAAACGUGCACCUUUCCUAAACAUUUUAUGCAAAAGUCUUUAGAGAAUAAAUUUCAAGGUGAGAGCAAUGGUUAAAUCGCGGUCACCCUUUGAGGAUAAACAGACAUAAUCAGAUAACUUUCCCAAAUCCGCAUUAUGCAUAGGAUCACGGACAUUUGAUUAGAACGCAGUUAUUUUCCUCACCAAAGGCGGCCCAUCGGCCUCAUGUCUUGGUGUAAGCCGGUUGCCUACAGUCUGUGGUCAACGACAACCCCGUAAGGCGUGAAACGGCAGCUGCCGGCAUAAGAGACGUUGUUGACUGGAUAAGCGAGAUUCUGGUUGGACGCAAAACAGCGUGUCCGUAUCGGAGAUGAUAUCUCAGACCUGGUGAACGUAUGCUCCCUCAAGGCUCAGUUCUCGGACGCUUACUCUUUAUUCUUUAUGUCAAUGACAGCUUUCAAGAACUCAACUGCAGUGAGGCAAUCUUUGCUGACGCCGUUUACCUCUGGAAAGUCCUUAAGGACCCGAAUGACCAGAAGACCCUUCAAAAUAAUCCUCGCCGACUGCAAAUGUAGUCCGAGAAAUGGCUUCUGUAUUUCAGUGUGCAGAAGUGUGCCGUCUUUCAUCUGCGUCCAAUCAACUGCCAUUCAAAUCACAGCAUGAGGGCAUCUCUCCUGGAGGACAGUACUCUUCCCGCCGAAUCUUCGCAGAACGCUCUCAAUGUAUGGACCCAGAGCAGCAUGAAGUCAGCACUACAGUACAAGCAUGGUCAUGGGAAUACUCUAUGCGAUCAGACGGGCGUUUGUAACCUUUGAGAAAUAGGAGUCUUGGGAGAGUUUACGGCACGUUUGUUCAUCCCUAUCUAUAACAUGGCGUAAAAGCGUGUUAGCCAUGGCCAGAAAAGGACCAAACAUGCCUUGAGAGAGUACAAGGCCGGACAACAAUGCUGAUAAUGGGUUUAAAGAUCCAAUCUUACAUGGAAAGACUGAACUGCCUUAAUAAAUUCCGUCUACGUUACACUGACAGAUCUAAGCCUUAUAAUGAUUGUCUAAUUUGCUCCAGUAUGUUAAGAGGUCUUGGUCGGAAUCUGACAUAAAUCAAAGACUAACACUAGAAAACACGUUCGCCACUGAUUAGAGUUUUGUCGGCGCACAGGCGUGUUUAUCGUAAGACUAAAUACGCCCUGUCGCUUACUGACAUUGGGUUCAUCAACAUUGUUGCCUUGAAAUGCACAAAAAUUUGCCAAGUCUGAAAUUCUCACAGGUACUUACUGUGUGUCCUGGUCUUAAGACGUAUUGGUCGCGCGAGCUGCUUUGCACUGGCUAACCGGGUAUUUAAGUAGUAAGCCCAAAUGCGCCAUACUACGUCGUCAGCAUCAUUCAGCUCCCUUUUCGUUAUAGACAACUUCUCGAACAGGAUAACAGUCCGGAACCAAACGGCGGACAUAUGCAUCGUCGCCGUUGUCGCCUUGCAUGCGUGCGUGGCGUGGGCCGGAAAUAUGCAAACUUUACUGUUGAACUUGCUCAAAAGACUGCAUUUUAUUGCGUAUUGACCACGCAUCGCAGCUCACCAUCAAAUGAGGAAUUUUCACAGUUUUGUAACACGCACACCUGUGCUCUCAGUAUGCAUAUGAUGUCGACGUAAGUGGAAACCAAUAUCUUUAGCCAAAAUAAGCGUCAUCAAGGAGACUAUUCGAGAAACGACUGGAUGUGGGUUUUAAAGUUGAUUGGCAAGAGAGGUUUAAUCAGGAUCAACCGCCGUUAUGAGAAUUGUUGACCCAUGAAUAAAGCGCGACAGUUAUCCUAAAAAGUAUUUCUGGAUUGCCCACAAAAAUCGGAAUCAUUUUGUGAGGCUUUUCAAGUUAUUAUGAAAAUACUGAUUCGCGGAAUCUGCAUCGCCUUCAAAGACAUCUGUGCGAGUGAUUGCGACGAUGACGUUCGACUUGAUGACCACGAUGACGCAGGGGAUGUUGAUGGGACUGUCGAGGAGGAAGAAGAAGAAUGAGAAAUGCAGCGGCUGAUUUACCGGUGACGUUUGUUUACCUGAACUGGGUUAAUCAAUAGUCUAUGGUAAUACUCUCAUUUUUUUCAAUAUAACCUCGGCAGCCCGAUGUAGGUAUAGGGGGACACUGUUGGUGUCCACAUAGCAGCAUUCGCCGAAAAAAAAGAAACAGCUGGCCAAUAUUUUCGACAUAUUUUCAGAUAAAAUGUAUGGGCAAAGAGGAAGAAGAAGAAGAAGAAGAAGAAGAAGAAGAUGAUGAUGAUGAUGAUGAUGAUGAUGAUGAUGAUGAUGAUGAUGAUGAUGAUGAUGAUGAUGAUGAUGCCUGA